AUGGGUUCCCAUCGCAAUGAAAUAGCCACCGAGAUCCUCCCUUUCAUCCGAGUUUACAAAGAUGGCUCGGUCCAGAGAUUGUCUGGCUCUCCUCUGGUCCAACCAUCUGCCUCCGACCCUGAAACCGGCGUCUCAUCAAAGGACAUCAUCGUAUCUGAAAACCCACCAAUCUCAGCCAGAAUCUACCUUCCAAAACAGACACUCGACCAAAAGCUCCCCCUUUUAGUCUACUUCCAUGGCGGAGGCUUUUGCUUCGAGUCGGCUUUCUCUUUCGUCGAAACCAAGUACAUGAACCGCUUGUCUUGUUCAGCCAACGCUGUUGUCAUCUCAAUCGAGUAUAGGCUAGCCCCCGAGCACCCUCUCCCCAUUGCUUAUGAAGAUUGCUGGACUGCUCUACAAUGGGUCGUUUCUCAUAAUUCCAAUGGCGAUUCCAACAAGGAGCAUUGGUUAUCAACUUACGCCGAUUUCGAUCGAGUCUACGUCGGCGGUGACAGCGCCGGUGCCAACCUUGUUCAUAACACACUGAUGAGAGCCGGAUCAGAGGGCUUAAGCGGUGGUGUUAAAAUCAAGGGAGCUUUUCUAACACACCCUUAUUUUUGGGGUUCAAACCCGGUUGGUUCCGAGACUAAGGAUAUCAAAGAACGGGAGAAGCUGGCAAUGUACACUAUUUGGCAGUUGGUGUAUCCGGAUGUGGCUGGUGGGAUCGAUAAUCCGGUUUUGAAUCCGGUGGUUGCCGGAGCUCCGAGCUUGGCCGGACUUGGAUGUUCGAGGCUGCUUGUCAGUGUGGCUGAAAAGGAUUUAAUGAGGGAUAGAAGGAUUUUGUAUUAUGAUGCGGUGAAGGAAAGUGGGUGGAAGGGGGAAUUGGAGUUGGUGGAUGUUGAAGGAGAAGAUCAUGCCUUCCAUAUUUUGGUUCACGAAUCUGAUCAUGCUAAGAAAUUGAUCCAACAUCUGGCUUCUUUCCUUGUUUGAUGUGUAGGACAUGGAAGAAA